UCGUCGCAUCCUCACCACAAUAACACAGCUGGUGACCGUAACACGUGGUGCCUUACUCCUGUGGUUGGCGUUCUGAAAAUUACUAGAAAUAGAUAGUUUUUUCCAUUAUUAUCCGAUGUAAAGUUAGCGCUUUGCUUAUCAAGUGAGCAAAAGUUAAUCUCUUGUGAAUGUGAGAAUUGAGGUUAGGAAUUCCAUUGCUUCACACAUUCUAUCACUGGAAAAUAUGCAUUAGUGCAACAUUGAAUUAUGAGCAAAACAAUAUUUAAAAAAUCAUUUUUUUUAAGUAUUAUUCGCGAAUGACGUGACGAUUUGUUUAUAAUCACAGGCAACAAGACGGCGGCUAGAGAUUAUGUAACAACAGGAAUUCAUCUAAGCGUCAUGGGGCGAACUGACAGGCUUCCUGUUAUCGCUACUGAAAACUUCAAACUUUUCGACGCUUCCUUGUCAUGUCUCACGAGAGAAGAAACUUUGUGAUGCCUUAUCAAGGAAUCAUCGUAGUGUCCUUUUCCUUCCCAAUAACUGAUAAGAUAUAUAUAGUUUACGAGUGUAUAGCUGAGAGAACUAUCCUCCACACCACCAUACACUAAGCACACCGCCAACAUGUCAUUCCGCCACCCGUCAACCAUCAGGCUCACCCCGGCCAUGCAGAGGAGGUUCUCCAAGGAAAAUGAAAAGAAGAAAUCGACCAAAGUCAACGAGGAGAAACUAAAUUUAAAAUCUAUCCGUGAGCGUCGGGAACGCCUUCAGGCUAUACUGCAGAGCCGACGCUUACCCCCUCUGAUGCCCACCCCCAGCAGCAGCAGAAGUAACAGCAACACCAAAAACCCUCACCAGCCUUCCAACAUGACCCUCUCUCCACACUGGAAGGAGAAGGAGCAACCGAAACCAGAGAGACAACCCACACCCCAGCCUAACAUUUCCAAUUUGCGCCUCACACCCUUACCGUCCCGAGGAGGUCACUCAGAUCGCCUGCCCGAUAUCAGGCAGGGACAGGAGCAAGAACAGCCUGACGACGACGUCCAACGCCCGGCCACACAGGAACAUCUACAACAGAUGCACGACCAAAUGACACAGGAUAUACAGCAGCUCAUGCAGCAACAGAUGCAGCAGAUGCAACAGCUAUUAAAUCAAAAGAAAGAACAGCAGUUGCGGAAACAGAAGAAGCAGGAACAGUUAGAGCAGGAACAUAUGCAGCAGAGGGCACAGGAGGCGCAUGAGGAGGAGAACAGGAAGAGAACCGAGGAGGAGGAGAAGCCACAAGAACAGCCUGAAACAGGAGAGUCCACUACCCCAACAGCAGACGAAGGGGCCACAGCAGACACAGCAGCAGACACGGCAGCAGACAAAACACAAGAAAAAGAGGACACCUCUCAAGAAGCUGCUGCUAACGUUGAGGAGAAGCAUGAGAAGGAGGACCAAGAAGGAGCAACAACGGAAGAAGGAGGGGAGAGAGAAGGAGAGGAGGAGGAGGGAGUAGGCCAGGAAGCCGAAGAGGACGACAUCUCGGAUGAGGUGAACGACAUCGUGGAGGGCAUCAAGAGUGGUGACUACCGCCUCCAGCUGAGCAACACUGAAAGGGCUCGGGUCCACCUCUCCUCCAACAACCCUCCCACCAAUCAGUUCAUCCGGGCAGGAAUCCUCCCUCCACUCAUCGCCUGUAUGGAGAAGGGUGACAGUCCUGAGCUGCAGAUGGAGGCGGCGUGGGCAGUGACCAACAUCGCCUCAGGCACCUCCGACCACACAUGGGCCGUCGUGGACUCAGGGGCCGUGGGGGUGUUGGUGCGGCUGUUGUCUUCACCUGACAUGGGGGUGAAGGAGCAGGCGGUUUGGGCGCUCGGCAACAUCGUGGGUGAUGGGGCUGAGUGUAGGGACAGAGCCAUACAGGAGGGCAUCAUCAGACCCCUCAUUAAUCUGCUCUACGUCACUAUGCCGUUGUCACUACGUCGUCAGGUGUGUUGGGUCAUCACUAACUUGUUCCGCGUCAAGAACCCGAUCGUGUCCCCCGAGGAGCGCAAGGAAUGUGCCCACGCCCUCAAGGACCUCGUAGGACACAUCGACACACAGGUUCAAGCUGACGCCCUGUGGGGGGUGGCGUACUUCGCGGACCUGGGUCCCCAGGCCAUUACGGAGCUGGUGGAGAGCGGCUUAGUGAGGGACAUGGUGCAGCGCCUGUACUCUGACCACGACAGGGUAGUAACAGCUGCUCUCAGGGCCACUGGCAGUGUCGCGGCCGGCACUAAUGAACAGACGGACGCCGUUGUACAGGCCGGCGCGCUACCUAUAUACCGUGAAAUGCUAAGCCACACCAACCCCGGGGUGGCUAGAGAGGCUGCCUGGAUCCUGUCUAACAUCACCGCAGGCACUACCCGCCAUAUACAGCUGGUGAUGGACGUACAGGUCGUCCCAGCUCUCAUCUCCGCCGUCGAGAAGAAUGACGCUGAGCUGCGGAAGGAGGCUACGUGGGCGUUGUCCAACCUGACGGCUGGGUGUUCAACGGAACAGGUGGACGUGCUGGUGAACACGGGCGUGUUGAAGUGCCUCUGUGGUGUGUUGGCUGGUGAUGACCCGGGCAUGGUGCUCGUCGCCCUAGAUGCUAUCAAUAACAUCUUUAAGAAAACGGAGAAAGACGAGGCUACUGCGCGUAUCGUGGAGAGUUACGGCGGUCUUGAGACCUUGAAAUCUCUCCAGAGCCACCAGGAGAUGCAAAUUUCCAAGAUGGCCAAAUAUCUCCUAAAAGCUUACUUCCAAGAUGGCCAAGAAGAUGAGGAAGAACAGGAGGAGAAACAGCAGUAGAUAUAAGAAGGAGAAAGGGAAGAUAUACUGUAGUUCCCUCAUAAGUUUGUCAUCACACACGCUGGUCUUCACAUAUUUGCCCCGAGCUGUCAAGAGUAUUCUUAAGCCGCGUACACACUGAGAUACAUUGUUGCGCAACAUUGUCUCUGGACUGUUUCGCGGCUGUCUCAGAAAAGUCCAAAUUUGUUGAGCGGCUGUCUCGCAACAGUCCAGAAACAUUGUUGCGCGACUGUUUCUAGACAAUGUAUCUUGGUGUGUACGAGGCUUUAGACACCGAGCUCGGUAAUAGUCGAUUGAGUAUAGAUAUGUCAAAUAUCAAGUCACCUUCGAGGUGAAUUUUGAAGAAAAAAAAUUGAAAUACACGGUAUAGCUAAAUGUCAUUAAACAGCAUCAAGGUUUGGCAAGAAAGAUAGCAUGGGGAGUAAGAAUGUUGUCCACAUAAUAAAGAAAAUUGAAUCCAA